GUUUUGCAGAGUUCAUAGAGAAUCAAACCUCUCCUAUUACCAGUCUGUUCUUCGCUGGAAUCAACUCUCUUUUCAUAUUAUUUUAUUCAUUAAAAAAAAAUUCAAAAUCUGAGUUUUCGGUUGCUUGAUCUAUUUCACUAAGCUCUGUUCCUCAACUAGCCUUUCAUGGGACCGUUACAUCUCCUCGAUAUCUUGUCUUAAAAAAGUUUCUUUGUUGGGUCAAGAUGGGUGUUGAAAAGUUUGAAACUUUCAUCUUCCUUUCGACGAUUACGUGCUUGAUUUGCACCUGCCAUGGAUUCACACCGCAAGAUAAUUACUUAAUCAACUGUGGCUCACCGGCCAAUUCGACCCUCAUGGAUCGAGUCUUCAUGUCCGAUAAGCUCGCCUCGAACUUACUCACCUCUUCUCCCAAACCAGAGAUCCUCGCGAGUCAAAGCAGCAGCAGCUCCGACGUUUACCAGACUGCGAGAGUCUUCACCGGAGCCGCUAGCUACAAAUUCUCCGUCGCUCGUGGCCGUCACUGGGUUCGUCUCCAUUUCAAUCCAUUCAAUUACCAAAACUACCAAAUGAGUUCAGCCAAGUUCGCGGUUUCGUCGCAGACUCAUUUGCUCUUGAGCGAUUUCACAGUUAAUGGCUCUCAAGUUGUAAAAGAGUACUCUUUGAAUAUAUCCACUGACGAUCUCGUCCUCACAUUUACUCCCUCUGCUAGUUCGUUUGCGUUUGUGAACGCUAUUGAGGUUGUAUCCGUUCCGGACGAAUUGAUCGCCUCUUCUUCUCCUGCUCCGAAGCUUGUAGGCGGUUCAGGGAUGUUUCAGCAGAGCUUGUCAACGCAGGCUUUCCAAACCAUUUAUAGACUCAACAUGGGCGGUUCCCUCGUUACACCUAACAACGAUACUCUUACAAGAACCUGGGAGCCUGAUUCGGAUUUUCUGCUUUCGAAGAAUCUAGCCAACACCGUUUCUAAGAUUUCAUCUGUUAACUUUGUUCCAGGCUUUGCAACAGAGGACACUGCGCCAAAAACCGUGUAUGGUACUUGCACUGAGAUGAGUAAUAGUUCCGGUGACCCUACUAGCAAUUUCAAUGUGACGUGGGAGUUCAACGUUGAUCCUGGUUUUCAGUACUAUUUACGCUUCCACUUCUGCGAUAUCGUCAGCUUGGCUCUCAACCAGCUGUAUUUCAAUCUUUACGUGGACUCAAUGCUCGCUGCUAAUGAUGUAGAUCUCAGCACUUAUGUGAACACAUUGGCUGGUGCAUACAUCAUGGAUUUUGUCACGCCCUCACCUAAAGGUACUAAUAAAAUCCGUGUUAGCAUCGGUCCAUCGAAUGUCCGCACUGAUUAUCUGAAUGGUAUUGUUAACGGGUUGGAGAUCAUGAAGAUGAAUAACUCUCGAGGUCACCUAAGCACCGGUACAUUUGUUCCAGGUAGUGGUAGUACGAGUACUAAGCACAAGAGUGUGGGGUUCAUUCUUAGUGCAACCAUUGGUCCGUUGCUCGUGUUAAUCCUCUUGGGAGGUUGUUUUGUGUUCUGCAAGAAGCGGAAACGCGGCGAAGACGGUCAUUCCAAGACAUGGAUGCCGUUUUCGGUAAACGGAAUGUCCGUGGGAAGCAAAGUCUCAUAUGGAACCACACUCACGAGUAUCACAACCAAUGCCAAUUACCGUAUCCCCUUUGCAACGGUUAAAGACGCUACAAACAACUUCGACGAGAGUCGAAACAUCGGUGUUGGAGGUUUUGGUAAAGUCUACAAAGGAGAGCUGAACGAUGGCACGAAAGUAGCUGUGAAAAGAGGAAACCCGAAGUCUCAGCAAGGACUUGCUGAGUUCAGGACAGAGAUCGAGAUGUUGUCGCAGUUUCGUCACCGCCAUUUGGUUUCUCUGAUUGGUUACUGUGAUGAGAACAGCGAGAUGAUACUGGUUUACGAGUAUAUGGAGAAUGGAACUGUGAAGAGUCAUCUUUACGGCUCGGGUCUUCCUAGCUUGACUUGGAAGCAACGGCUUGAGAUCUGCAUUGGCGCGGCUAGAGGAUUGCAUUACCUUCACACUGGUGACUCAAAACCUGUCAUUCACAGAGACGUGAAAUCCGCGAACAUAUUGCUUGACGAGAACUUCAUGGCUAAAGUUGCAGAUUUUGGACUGUCUAAGACCGGACCUGAGCUUGACCAGACUCAUGUGAGUACCGCUGUGAAAGGUAGUUUCGGGUAUCUUGACCCUGAGUACUUCAGAAGGCAACAGCUCACUGAGAAGUCAGAUGUUUACUCCUUUGGUGUGGUUCUCUUCGAGGUUCUUUGUGCUAGACCCGUUAUAGAUCCGACGCUUCCGAGAGAGAUGGUGAAUCUUGCGGAGUGGGCAAUGAAAUGGCAGAAGAAAGGGCAGUUAGAUCAGAUCAUUGACCAGUCGCUUCGUGGAAACAUCAGGCCUGAUUCUUUAAGGAAAUUUGCGGAGACGGGUGAGAAAUGUUUGGCUGAUUAUGGAGUUGAUAGGCCGUCUAUGGGAGAUGUGUUGUGGAAUCUUGAAUACGCUCUGCAGCUACAAGAAGCGGUCAUAGACGGCGAACCAGAAGAUAACAGCACGAAUAUGAUUGGAGAGUUACCUCCGCAGAUCAACAAUUUCAGUCAGGGAGACACGAGCGUUAACGUUCCGGGAACCACGGGAAGAUUUGAGGAAUCGAGCAUUGAUGAUCUCUCUGGUGUUUCCAUGAGUAAAGUAUUCUCUCAACUUGUGAAAUCCGAAGGAAGAUGAUGAGAGGUUAGGCAAUGGCCAUAGAAAGCGAAAAGAUUUGAUAUUGUAACAGGAAAGGAAGCAGAGCAUGUAUUGAGUAAAAAGAAGCAUCAGGUCUUUUGUCUACUCUAGCUGUUUCUUCUGCUGAUUUUUCAUCAGUAAUGAUACAACUAGUUUGAAAAGUUUCCUCUUGAGUUUGUAUGAUAUUUUUUUUUUGUUGCGUUGUUUCUAAGUACGUUUUAAUACACUUGUUGCUUCAGUUGUACUGUAACUGUAAGUUUAGAAGUUCAAAACUUAUUAGUUCUGUAUGUUCUUGUUUGGGUUUGAUUUUGUUUUGUUUUAGUUCUUCUUCAAUCAUUU